AAUUAAAUUUAUUUUUUUUAUCUUUUUUUAAAAAAAAAAUUAAUUUUAUUUUAUUAUAAAUAUUCGGUCAAUUAAUUAAAUAUAUUAUUUUUCAUAUUUUCUAUUUAUUUUUAUUUCAUUAAAUUAUAUAUAUAUUAAAUUUAUAUAAAAGAGAAGAUGUCAAGUGGCAAUGCAGGUAAUCCACCAGCUGCUCCAGCAGUUCAAAAAAGCCAACCUUUAUGGCAUAACUUUGUUUCAGGUGGUAUUGCUGGUGUAAGCGAAAUUUUAGUAAUGUAUCCAUUAGAUGUAGUUAAAACAAGACAACAACUCAAAGUAGGUCAAGGAGAAUCAAUGAUGACAUCAUUAAUUCAUAUGGUUAAACAUGAUGGUAUUAAAAUGUACAGAGGUAUUGUUCCACCAAUUUUAGUUGAAGCCCCAAAAAGAGCCAUCAAAUUUGCCUCAAAUAAAUUUUAUGAAAAACAAAUUUUAAGUUUUUAUGGAAAUGCUAAACCAACACAAGGUCAAGCUAUUGGAGCUGGUGUUUUAGCUGGUAUCACUGAAGCAUUUAUUGUUGUACCAUUCGAACUUGUAAAAAUUAGAUUGCAAGCCAAAGAAAAUAUGGGUAAAUAUACUAGCACUCUUGAUUGUGUUGCUAAAACAUUCCGUGCUGAAGGUUUUACUGGAUUUUUCAAAGGUUUAGAAUCAACUGUUUGGAGACAUGCCUGUUGGAAUGGUGGUUACUUUGGUUUAAUUCAUACUGUAAAAUCAGCCCUCCCAAAGCCAACUAAUGAAAAACAAACUUUAUUAAAUAACUUUGUUGCUGGUGGUUUAGCUGGUACUUUUGGUACUAUAUUAAAUACCCCUGCUGAUGUUGUUAAAAGUAGAAUCCAAAAUCAAACUGGUGGUGUUAGAAAAUACAAUUGGUGUAUUCCAUCCAUUUUCACUGUUGCCAGAGAAGAAGGUAUUGGUGCAUUAUAUAAAGGUUUCCUUCCAAAAGUACUUAGAUUAGGUCCAGGUGGCGGUAUUUUAUUAGUUGUAAAUGAAUUUGUAAUGAAACUAUUAGCUGGUAAAAAUUAAAAUAAAUAAAUAAUAAAUAAUAAAUAAAUAUUAUCAAUAUUAUAACUAUAAUAAUAAUAAUAUAAAUAAAAUUAUAAUAAUAAUAAAAUUUUUAAAAAUAAAUAUUAAAAACGCAUAAUAAUAUUUAAAAAAAAAACUAUAAUUUGUAAAACAAAGAAUAAAAAAAUAAUAAUAAACAAUUUCUUUAUAAAACUUUCU